UUGGAACAAUAUUCAACACAAGCACAGCACAGCCGCACACAGAUCAAAUUUCAAAACGUUGAACGUUCAUAAUAUACUACGAAACCAACGAUAUCUGUUUAAUUAGUGAAAUCAAAUGUGUUAUUAUAGGUCCUAGGUAGUUAAUUAACUGUGCCACUGUGGUUUGUACACACUGCGCCUUAUUUACUCUGUACAAACGAAUAACGACUGUUUUGUACUUUUGUGUCACUUUAAUAGUUUAAUAUUAUUAUUAUUAUUAUUGUUGUUGUUGUACACUGCCACAUCUUUUUCGUAUCGUUUUUUUUUUUGUUAAUAGAUUUACCUAUUUAUUUUUUUUAAAACUUUUCACAAUUAUUUGUACAUCCAUUGGUACUUUAAACGUUCCUACGAGCAUAUAGUUUCUAUUCAACUUACUUAAUAUAUGUUUUCAACUACAGACCAAACACUAAUAUCUACUGAACAUGAUAAAAGACCAUGUGUCGCUGAAUUUCGACACUGUUUUGUUGACAGGGCCAAUACAGAAGUACAGUUGCAAAAGCUUCUAUCGAAGGUGUUGGAGACAAUUAUCAAAGUUACAGAAAUUAAUUUUUUACCUGUUGACUAGCGUAAUAUUAAUUUCGCUACUACUGUGGUUCAUUGGGACUAGUAGAAAUCUUGAAGAAUUAUCUGAAACCAAUUCUCUUAAGUUACCACAACCAACUAUUUGGCCCCAGGAUAAUAUUAAAUUGAAUUUACCAAAUGAUGUAGAUGCUAUGAAGUUGAAUGAAAUUGAUGAUGUUGAACCUUCAGAUCAAAAAGAACAAAUAGCCGCACCAGCAUCUAAUGUUGUUGCAAAUCCUGGUGAGGGUGUUCAGUUUAUGCCAGCAACGGGUCAUAGACAAACCGCAGUUCUAAAUGCAUUUAAACAUGCAUGGAAGGGAUAUUGCAGUUAUGCCUGGGGACAUGAUCACGUAAAACCCAUAAGUAGGAAGUACCAAGAUUGGUUUAAUCUAGGAUUAACCAUUGUUGAUUCAUUAGACACACUAUGGAUAAUGAAUUUAAAAAAAGAAUUUGAUGAAGCUCGAGAAUGGGUUAGUACCAGUUUUAACCUUGAUCGUUAUAAAGAUGUCAACCUUUUUGAAACUACAAUUAGAGUGUUGGGUGGAUUUUUAAGUGCUUAUCAUUUGUCGGGAGAUUCAUUAUUUCUCGAUAAAGCUUUAGACAUUGGUUCACGACUUAUGCCAUGUUUUACAAAAUCUCCAUCACCAAUACCAUAUUCUGAUGUAAAUCUUAUCUCUCACAUGGCUCAUUCACCCAAAUGGAGCCCAGAUUCAAGCACAGCCGAGGUAUCUACCAUACAAUUAGAAUUUAGAGAUUUAUCAAGGUCUACUGGUACACAACAUUUUGAAACGGUUUCAUUCAAAGUGUCUGAACAUAUUCACACAUUAGAAAAACCUAAUGGACUUGUGCCUAUCUAUAUAAAUCCAAACACAGGAAAAUUUCAUAGAGGGUCUGAGAUUAAAAUUGGAGCUAGAGGUGAUAGUUAUUAUGAAUAUCUUUUGAAACAAUGGAUUCAAACUGGAAAAUCAAUUGAUUUUUUGAAGGAUGAUUAUUUGGAAGCUAUUGAUGGUAUAAUCACACAAUUAGUGCGGACAUCACCCAAAAGAAAUUUAACAUAUAUAGGUGAACUGAAGGCUGGGUCACGCAACUUUCAUCCAAAGAUGGAUCAUUUGGUAUGCUACUUACCAGGCACAUUAGCACUUGGUGUUCAUUAUGGUAUGCCUUCUAGUCAUAUGAGAUUGGCUGAAAAACUGAUGGAAACAUGCUAUCGUAUGUAUGCCGAUCAACCAACAUUUUUAUCCCCAGAAAUUGUAUAUUUUGGUACUAAAGUGGAUGUUAAUCAAGAUAUGUAUGUUAAUAUAAAUGAUGCACACAGUCUAUUACGACCAGAAUUUGUUGAAAGUCUUUGGUACAUGUAUCAAAUAUCAGGCAAUACUACAUAUCAGGAUUGGGGUUGGCUAAUAUUUCAAGCAUUUGAACGACAUACUAAAGUAGCUGGAGGUUUUACAUCCAUUGGCAAUGUGUUAGACCCAGAAGAUACACGUCCGCAGGACAUGACUGAGUCAUUCUUUUUUGCAGAAACCCUUAAGUAUUUAUAUUUAUUAAUGUCUGAUGAUCGACACAUGUUAUCCAUUGAUAAAUAUGUGGUUAACAGCGAAGGGCAUCCAUUGCCAAUUAAUAACCGGUGAUAAAUAAUAGUUUUGGUUACUUAUAGGUUUGCUGUUGAGUUAAUGUAUGAAAUUUUAUUUGUCUUUAUUGGCUGUGAAUUUUUGUUUUUUCGGUUUUGUAUACUCGUCCACAAUUACCACAAAAUAUUUAAACAUACUUUUAAUACUGACUAAAUUUUUUUUAAAUCUAAAUAAUAAAAUAUUAAAUUAUAAAAUUUUUAUUUAUUUUUGGUUACUACUUAGCAAUUUUAAAUUUAUCAAUGUUUUUAUGUUUUUAUUUUUAUUUUAUAACAAAAUUUAGUAAAAGCAAUAUUUAACACUCAGAAUCUAAAAUAAUGAUUGUAAAUUAAAAUAUAACCAUGUCAUUGUUAAAUGUCUAUAAUUGUAUCGGAAAAGUAUUAAAUGUAUUUAAUUAUAUUUACUUAAUGUACAAAAGUGAUUAAAUUAUUUAUAAUUUCAAUUUUUUAAAUGUUUUUUAAUUUAUACAUUUUUAACUAUAAAAUUGUUAACAAUUACACUAUUUAAUAUGUAUACUAAUAUUUAGAUAAAUUCUAAGAGAGCAAAGAACUUAUAACUCUAUAACUUAUAAUGAAGAAUCUCUAAAAAGUUUCCUAAAAUAAUGACUUUAUCUAUUCUAUUAUCUUAUUAGAUUAAAAUAUGUUUCUAAAAAUGUUUUAAUAUAAUUGAAGGUACUUAUUUGUUAUUACUUCACCACCUCACCGUAAUCUAUUUAUUUCCCUGCCUUUCUUGUUUGUUAUCGUUUUGCCUCUUUGUUUCUGAUCGAUCAGAAAAAACAUUGUUACCAAUCAUACAAAAAUAUAGAAGACUAAGAUCUAUAAUUUUAUCAGAUUGUUGGAAAGCUUACAGCUAUUUACAACAACCUUCAUUAUAACAACAAAAUUAACCACACUAAUAAUUUUAUCGAUCCAAACAAACACAUUCAAAACAUCGAGAGGUUGUAGGAUUCUGCUAAAAUAGUACAAUAAAAAUUCAUGAAAUCUUUCUUGAUUUUUACUUGGCGGAAUUCAUGCAAAGAAUAUGAUUUAAGAGGACAUAGUAUCCGCAUGUGUUGUGUCUGUAUUACACAAGUCAGACAUAGACAAUUUCCGUUCGCCAGUUAAAAUAGUGUAUUGUUAAUUUUGAUAUUAUAUAGACUUAUUAUCAAACUUCUAGGUAAGAAAAUUGUCCGUGUUCUCUCAUUGGUUUUUACUUUUUUAUGAUAUUUUAAUUUUUAAGUGAGUUAUUAGUAGGUAUGUAAAAUAUUAAUAUUUGAAAAUGCUCAUAAUGUGAGUAUCCUCACAGCUCAUAGCUGUGACAAAACAAUAACAAACAAGAGUGGCGGGGCAAUACAUUUAUUAUGGCGUGGUGGGGGGUCAAUAACAAAAAUGUACCAAGUUAAAUAAAAAACAACAUAAAAUGGUAAUUGUAGCGAUUCAAAUUAAUUAAAUACCUACAAUUUGUUUAAAUUUUGAAAAUACUAAAUUUUUUAGAAUUUUAAGUAGAAAAAUACAUGCAAAACAAUAUUUAAUUAAGUUUCACUCAAUACUAUUUAUUUUUCUGAAUUAAAUGGUUUUUAUUUUUGCCCUAUUCCCUAUUUCAUCAUAUUUUAACAUAAUAUGUUUUGUUAGUUAUUUGUUUUAUAUGUACCACAGUCUAUAGCCAAGGUUCAAUUACAAUUACUUGAAUCUUGUGUGGGACAAAAUAUAUAAUUUUGAUGUAUUUUUCUAGUUAUAAACUUCAAUUAUAACUUAUAAUCACUUCAAGGAGAAAAAAAAAUUGAAUUUAUGAUGGUUUUUGGGUUAUUGAGGUUUAAGUAAUCACGGCUAGACUGUACUAUACAUUUUUAAAUUAAAAUAAAAACCUAUUAUAAUUUAAAGUUCUAAAAUGUAUAUGCUUAAAUAAAAUUUUGAACGCACAAUUGUUAGUACACUUGUACCUAUAAUUAAUUUUAUGUUUGUUAUUGUAUUUUAUAUAGUAAUUAGAAAUACAUAGAUAACUAUGUGAUAUGAAUUUUUUUUUUUUUUGUAAAAAUAAAGAUAAUUUGUUUAAUAAAUGGAUGUAUAAUUUAAAUUACGAACAAAUAAUUUUGUUAAAACAUACAAGUGUUUUGUUGUUUGAACAGCUUACAUCAUGGAUCUGUACACCAUGUUAGUGUAGGUAGUCUAUACCAGCGAUUCCCAAAGUGUGUUCCGCGGAAUCUAAGGAGUGGAACCUUGAGGUUCCAAAGGGUGCCUGGUCAUAAAAGUUUGGGAACUUCUGGUUUAUACUCUAUGGUUUAUAUAGCUUAUUAUUUUUUCUACGCUAAGUCAACAAAUUAACAUACAUUUUGUAAAUAUAAACUGUUGUGUUUAAAUAAAAAUAAUGUAAUAAUAUUAUUAAAUUUUUAAUUUUAAAACAAUCUACGUUGAUAAAUUAUUGAUUUAUGAUGAUUUAAUAUUAUUGAUAAAGCAAUUAAAUACCUUUUUUAAGA